UAAAGAGUAACAGCGGUGGGGGAAAAGGGAGGAGGGCAGAGACCGACGAGUUAAGAAAAGAAAAGAAAAGAAAAGAAAAGAAAAACCAAAUAAAAGCCAAUAUUUCUGCUCCUCCACUCUCUCUCUCUACACACUUUCUCUCUCCUCUUUCCGGUCGAUCUCCGUCUCCGUCUUCAUCACCAUUGUUCAAAAACAAUAAAAAUUCAAUUUCAGACAGCAUAUUAUUCUCUCCUAUAAAAACAGAUUUACAGGGGAAAAAUCAUCUUUUUUUUGGUGGAUUUCCUUGACUUCUGCAAAAUCAAAGGCGUUUUGAGGAUUAAGAAAGAACUACCCCUCAAUAUUGGGAUACAAUUGAACACAAGGCCUUGUUGAUGAUUUGUAUUAUGGUUAUAGGGCAUUUCAAUGGCAAACCAAAGUAAGUAAUUCAGCUAACAGGGGUUAAAAAUAUGCGUUUUGGAAGUCCAUCUGGGGAUAAUUAGGGGUUUAAUAUUAAUCUCGGGGUUUUAGUUUGAUAUUCUCCAAUGUGAUUUCAUUGGAGGUGUAUUUAUGACUUCCGGCAAGCCAUUGCUGUCGCCAUCUGAGCUUUCUUCUGCACCAAGUCCUCGUCAUCAUAAUAAUUCAUCGUUAGGGAUCUGCUCGUUGGGAUGUCUCCCCCAGAAUGCAUCAGCUUCUGCUGAUUUGGAUGAGUCUCCGGGGACCAAUUUAUGUGAUUUGAAGGAGGAGGUGGUGGUGGACAGUAAUCAACCACUAGAUGAUAUAUCAGGUGUAGGAAAUUCUAGGCUGCAUUCUUCUUCACUUAGAAAGGGGACAACUGAGCUACAGUCGAAAUGCCCCUCACGAGAGAGAAAACGCUUUGUGUCAUGGGGUGGUACAGAAGACCAUCCACACGAGCAAACGACCUUUGAAAUAUCCAGUGAUAUUUCAAGGGUGGCUUCAUCUAGAGCAGCAUCCACCCGGCCGUCAUCUCAAGGACAUUUUGAUGAGUCCAGGGAUUCGUCUCGUGUCCAGGAUAAGCUAAGCAAAUCCCAGAGGCUUCUUCAGAAAAGUAUGCAGCUGGAGAAUGACUUGUUACAUGGAAAUAAUGCUAGGUUGAUCCAUGUUAAUGAUCCAAAAAAGACCAAUGAUCAGUUUGAAUUCACUGGAAAUGAGAUCCGCACUAGCAAAUAUACAAUAAUAAGUUUCUUGCCAAAAAAUCUCUUCAUUCAGUUCCACCGGGUUGCUUAUUUAUACUUUUUAGCUAUUGCUGCUCUGAAUCAGCUUCCACCACUUGCUGUUUUCGGGAGAACUGUAUCUCUAUUUCCUCUUCUUUUUGUGCUUUCUGUGACUGCUAUAAAAGAUGGUUAUGAGGAUUGGCGACGACACAGAUCAGACAGGAAUGAGAAUAACCGGGAGACUCUAGUACUUCAAUUUGGCAAGUUUCAGUUAAAACGAUGGAAGAAUAUUAAGGUUGGUGAGGUUGUGAAGAUCCUAGCUGAUGAGACGAUUCCUUGUGACAUGGUGUUGUUAGGAACAAGUGAUCCUAGUGGGAUUGCUUAUAUCCAAACAAUGAAUCUAGAUGGUGAAUCAAACUUGAAGACAAGGUAUGCUAGGCAAGAAACAACUUCAUUAGUCAGUGAAGUGGAGUCAAUUUCAGGAGUUAUCAGAUGUGAACAGCCUAACAGGAAUAUCUAUGAGUUCACAGCCAACAUGGAGUUGAAUGGGCAUAAGUUUCCGCUCAGCCAAUCAAACAUUAUCUUACGUGGUUGUCAGCUGAAGAACACAGAAUGGGCAAUAGGAGUGGCGGUUUAUGCUGGGCAGGAGACCAAGGCUAUGCUUAACAGUGCAGCAUCUCCUUCUAAAAGAAGCAGGUUGGAAACCUACAUGAACCGGGAAACCCUUUGGUUGUCUGUAUUCCUUUUCGUCAUGUGCUUGGUAGUAGCAUCCGGAAUGUGUAUAUGGCUGAAGCAACACGAGAAGCAGCUUGAUACCCUGCCUUAUUACCGGAAAAUUUACUUUGAUGGGACACAUAAUGGUAAAAAGUAUAGAUAUUAUGGGAUUCCUAUGGAAACUUUUUUCUCCUUUUUGAGUUCCAUCAUAGUUUUCCAGAUAAUGAUACCUAUAUCUCUCUACAUCACCAUGGAGUUGGUUCGCUUGGGACAGUCGUAUUUCAUGAUUGGAGACAGGCACAUGUAUGACACUAACAGUAAUUCAAGGUUCCAGUGCAGAUCCUUGAAUAUCAAUGAGGAUUUGGGUCAGAUACGUUAUGUUUUUUCUGAUAAAACAGGAACACUUACUGAAAAUAAGAUGGAAUUCAAAAGAGCAAGUGUGUGGGGAAAAAACUAUGGGAGACCCCUUUCUGCUACAGGUGAAUCAUUAAACACAGAUUUUGAAGAACCAACAGAAGCCCCUUCAAGUCGACGAAGAUUGAGGCUCAAGUCAGAAAUUCCUACUGAUUCUGAACUUAUGGAAUUGUUACAUACCGAGCUAGCUGGGGAAGAGAGGGUUGCUGCGCACGAGUUCUUUAUGACGUUGGCAGCAUGUAAUACCGUAAUUCCUAUUCUUAGCCAUAGCUCAUCGUCACGUGCUAUACUGGAUGAAGUGCAUGACAAUGUUGGCACCAUUGAGUAUCAAGGUGAAUCUCCUGACGAACAAGCACUAGUUGCUGCUGCUUCUGCGUAUGGAUAUACACUUUGUGAGCGAACGUCUGGUCAUAUUGUGAUUGAUGCCAAUGGUGAGAAACUAAGAUUGGAUGUCUUGGGACUGCAUGAGUUUGACAGUGUGCGUAAAAGAAUGUCUGUGGUUAUUAGAUUCCCGAACAAUGCUGUAAAAGUUUUGGUCAAAGGGGCUGAUACUUCAAUGUUUAGCAUUUUAAGGAAAGACCACAAAAGCCAUGCUGACAUACAGAAAGCCACUCUUAACCAUUUGAAUGAGUACUCAUGUGAAGGUUUGCGGACCCUGGUUGUUGCUGCAAGGAAUCUCACGGGAGAAGAACUGGAAGAGUGGCAAUGCAUGUAUGAAGAUGCUAGCACAUCUUUGACUGAUAGAUCAGCAAAAUUGCGCCAAACAGCAGCUCUUAUUGAGUGCAAUUUAACUCUACUAGGGGCCAGCGCAAUUGAGGACAAACUACAAGAAGGCGUACCAGAGGCAAUCGAGUCUCUGCGCCAAGCAGGAAUAAAGGUUUGGGUUCUUACUGGAGAUAAGCAAGAAACAGCAAUUUCAAUUGGUAUGUCUUGCAAACUUUUGACCUCAGACAUGCAGCGGAUCAUCAUUAAUGGCACUUCAGAAAACGAAUGCAAGAGACUUUUUUUUGAUGCUAAGACCAAAUUUGGAGUAAAGCCUGCAAGUUGUUUUAAUCAAAUCUUAACAUGUCAGAGCGAUGCAGAAAAUGGUUAUCAUGAAGUUCCUGUUAGUAUGAAGUCAUCUAAUUUACCAGAGCAGCAUGCAGGAGAGGAAGGUGUUUCUGGUGAAUCUUUGGCACUCAUAAUUGAUGGGAAUAGUCUUGUAUACAUAUUAGAGAAAGAUCUCGAGUCUGAGCUAUUCGACCUUGCGACAUCAUGUAGGGUUGUGAUUUGCUGUCGUGUUGCGCCCUUGCAGAAGGCUGGAAUUGUUGACCUAAUAAAGAGCCGCACAGAUGAUAUGACGCUAGCCAUAGGUGAUGGGGCUAAUGAUGUUUCAAUGAUCCAAAUGGCGGAUGUUGGUGUUGGAAUAUGUGGUCAAGAAGGGCGGCAAGCAGUGAUGGCAUCGGAUUUUGCUAUGGGACAGUUUCGGUUUCUGAAAAGAUUGCUCCUUGUGCACGGACAUUGGAAUUACCAGCGCGUUGGUUAUUUGGUUCUUUACAACUUCUACAGAAAUGCUGUUUUUGUUUUCAUGCUUUUCUG